AUGGCGAUGAAUGUUUACUCCACCUCAAUGGCCACAGAGAACCUGAGUCGUCAUGACAUGCUGGCAUGGGUCAACAACUCUCUGCAGCUCGCAUACACAAAGAUCGAGCAGCUCUGUUCGGGUGGUGCUUACUGUCAGUUAAUGGACAUGCUGUUUCCAGGGUGCAUAUUAAUGAAGAAAGUGAAGUUCAAUGCUAAACUGGAGCAUGAAUACAUCCACAAUUUCAAGGUCUUACAGGCUUCAUUUGAAAGAAUGAAUGUGGACAAGAUCAUUCCUGUGGAGAGGCUGGUGAAGGGCAAGUUCCAGGACAACUUUGAGUUCCUUCAGUGGUUUAAGAAGUUUUUUGAUGCCAACUAUGACGGGAAAGAUUACCACCGUGUAAUGUCACGGCAGGGCCAUGAGGGAACGCUGCCUCCACCCAACCCAGGCCACAUGAGAACAUCUCCCACAGCACCAAAGAGUGUUCCUCCCCCCCAGAGGCAGACCAACACAGCACCAGCCCGCAGGACAACUCCUGUGAGCCGCAAUGGAGGAGACGCUGAGCUUCUAGAGCUCAACCAGCAGCUGCUGGAUCUGAAUCUGACUGUACACGCACUGGAGAGGGAGAGGGACUUUUACAUUGGAAAGCUGACAAACAUUGACCUUCUCUGCCAGGAAAGCGAAAAUGACAGACAUGCAAUCAGCAAAAUCAUGGAUGAAGUCCUGUCAUGGAAGCGUGGUAUUUAUAGACCUUGCCAAGUACUACUGUAGAAGACUGAAGAGAAGGAUAACAAGAAGAAAAAGCUUUCUGUUUCUUUGCUGCUGAUGAUACAGAAUGCUUGAUUUUCAUCAGUAAAGUUGAAUGCAGUGCCUUCUCAUACACUGGAGAGAUCACUUGGAGCUUUCUGAGUGAAAACAGGAGCUGCUAAAAAACACCAGGGGCCUCAUUUGUCAAAACGUAAUAGAUUUCCCAUGAGCAUAAAAAAGAUUUAAUUCAAUUAAAAUGAGCAUGAACAAGCUCAUUUACAUAAAGAAAAAGUGACGUAUCCUCAAUAACAGCUCCACGAAGCGUUUGAGUGUCUUUCCGCUUAUUGUUUUGCUUUCACAGCCCACAGCUUUACUGUUUCGGUUCACCGUCGUUGUUCUGUUUCCUUAACUCACCGUACGUACACCGAGCCCUUCCACACGGUAACUGUUGGAUGGUUUUGUUGUUUUGAAGGCACUGUGACUGGUUGUGUGUUUGUAGAUUCUUGUUGUGUUGGACAGUGAACCUGUUGAAUCUGUAAGUGGCUGCUUGUUUCUUACCACAUGUUAACAGCAAAAUAAAAUUAAUAAUAAAAAUAUCAACUUGA